AUGGCCGAUCGCGAGAAGACUGGUGGAUCAAGUUCGCAAGAUGAGAAACCGGAACAAAACAUGAGGAUUCCUUCUAGAACAGUACCUAUUGGUCCAAGUUACUUUGCUAGUGAGCCCCUGCAGUUCCGUGUUAGGGGUACAACUAUAACAGGUGCUUCUCCACCAAAAUUUGUCACAUUAGAAGAUAUCAUGAAGGCUGCUCAUGGCAUGCAAAAUAUGGCACUAGCCCAUGAGAUUGCUGUUGACCAAGAUUUCAAGCUGGAACCAUUUGAACCACCUGAUAAUAGUUACCAGAAGCUAGUCAAAGAAACUAUGCACAGGGCAUACUUUGACAUUCUACGUGAACAACUUAAUUCUGACCCUCCUGAAUACAAGCAAGCCUUGGUUUUACUGGAGGAUGUUAAGCAGGGAUUAUUUUCAAUACUUCUACCAAGACACACAAGAAUUAAGGAGAUGAUUGAAGAAGUCCUUGACAGAGACUUUAUUAGGCAGCAGGCAGAAAAUAAUAGCUUGGAUUUCCAGAAGUAUGCCAAUUUUGUCAUAGACUUGAUGGCCAAGCUAGCUGCACCAGCAAGAGAUGAAAUGAUCCAGAAUAUUACACAGUUAACUGAUACUGUGGAUGUAUUUCGAGCAAUAUUAGAAACUCUGGAAGUGUUAAAACUCGAUUUGGCCAACACACUGAUCGCCAUGAUACGACCCCACGUUCAAAAAGAGAGUGUUCAAUAUGAGAGGAACAAAUUUGACGAAAUGCUGAAGGUUUCAGAAGAUGGCCUCCAGCAUACAAGGGAAUGGUUACAGCGACAUAUUGACAGGACAGGUCUGUCUACUCCAGUCAGUGAUCCCAAUAUAAUCAGAAACGUAACCGCACAAACAUUAGCUAGAGCUUACCUUGAGUUGCUGGAAUGGGAUGAUUCUAACAAUUACCCAGAGACAUUAACUCUGGACAAGCCACGUUUCGUUGAGCUGGGGAUGCAAGUAUAUAGACUCAUCUGUGUGGCCUCUUUACUCCUGGUCAGUCCAUCCUGCGGAAACGACCCCAACGCGCAACACAAACAGCGACUCAAGGAGAAGAUAGAUAUUAUCAUAGACAACGCUUCAAAUAAUAUCGAAUUAAAAGCAGUGUUACCGUCCGUAGCCGAAGAAGUAAUACUAAUGACAGAGCAACUGCUUGAGAGUAUGAACCAAGAGCCUCUUGAUGCAGACACAAAGGAUCUGAUUCUCACCCAAGUUACGUCCCUGGAUGACCCUGACCAUAGGGUCAGGCAGAUUGUCCGACAAAGGGUCUUAGAAUUCCUAAAGGUGAUCCUAGUAUGCGCUGGCGGCUCCCGUCAAAUUCCAGUGGGGCUCUCGGCCUUCGCUAAAGAAUUAACGACAGUCUCUGGAACUCUACUCCGUUACGUCAUGCACAAUAAAGCAGUAUUCACACAACACUAUAUGGAUAUUAUAGCUGGGGAACUUAACAAAAAUGUGUAA